CUCAUAUUAUAGAACCCGACCCAUGUGGCGCAGACGUCAUCGCCUAUUACACGUUUGACCGAUCUUUCCGAGACGUUUGCUUUGGCCACAACGCUCAGAAAGAUGGAUCUUUCCCUGAACAGCCACCAACAGGCAUAAUGAAUGCAGCUGUCAGAUUUGGAGGUGACACGUUAACAAGACUCCGUGUACCAAGCCUAAAUGGUUACCCAUGGGGAUCGAAGUUCUCCGUUAGCUUUUGGUUCAAAGCAUUUUGGUUCACAGAGAAGAAUAUCCGAGGCCUUAUCAACAAUGGUCUGGUAAGCAAUGGAACAGGUAGUUGGGAAAUAUAUCUUAAUACUGAUCAUUCUAUUGGUGCAUCUGUUGUGACGUCACACUCGGCAAAAACCUGGCCUAGGAUAACUGAAACCGCUGUUGAUCAUUGGCAUCAUCUGGUUAUGACGUACGAUGGCAAAACUAUCAAUUUUUACCUCAACAACCACCUUAAGUUAACCGACUCGGAGUGUUGCCAUGGGGAUAUCGUCAGCAAAAAUAGCGACGUUGUGCUUGGUCAUAGUGGAAAAAAUCAUCGCUAUGGCGAUUACCACUAUCAUGAUUUUCAUGGCUACAUUGACGAAAUGAAAUUGUUUAAAAGAGCUUUAACCGCUCACGAGGUUCUAAAACUUUAUCGUCUUAAAGUAGUUUAA